AUGGUCAAGCUCGAGCUGAUGGAAGGGUCGAUAGAGGAAAAGAUCGUUCCCGAGGCGGGAAAGUCAGUGAACACUACCCGAGCAUCUGGCUACUCUGCACCAUAUCUAUCUCCCCCACAGAAUCCCAAUACCCCCUCCCGCGAUCCGCAAAACGAUAGCCGUAGAACUUAUCCUUCCCAGCCCCAGAAGCCAAUCCAGCGCUCCUACUCGCCUCUCCCAAAACCACCUAUAGGAUCAAUCCCAAUCUCACGUGCGCCUUCAACAACACCUCCAAGACCGCCUCUUCGUGCCCAAACACAUCCAUCUGCUAAUCUGUAUGCUCGUGGAAAUAGCACCCUUCGCCGCUCAGAAAGCAGAAAGUCAGAAGGGAACUCCAAACAGGAAAAUCGAGAAAGAUCUGCCAGAAAGGGAGUUCAAUAUGAAGAGCUGAAGAGAAAUAAGGAGCGGAAUAAGAAGGCAGAUAAGAGAUGGGAGGAAGAGGAUGUAAAGACUCAAGGUAUAUACAACUUUGAGAAAGAAAAAUUAGAUUAUCGAAGACGAGUGGAGCGAGAUUGUAAUCGACCGGUUGACAGACCAGAUGUGAGGUCUAGUGGUGCUGUUAGUAGAGGCUUUCACAGGUAUGCAGAGCGAGGGUAUUUAGAGAAGAGAGUCAGCUGGAAGGGACGGGCUUUUCGAGAAGAGCAGCGUGGUUAG